CUUAUUAACUAUCUUAGCCCUAGUUAGUAGUACUGUCUUCCUUCAAGGUUUUUCUUUUGUCUAACCUGUCAAACUUAAAUACAUAAUUUGAGUUCCAGUAUAUCGUGUACACCUACAGAAUGGAAAGAAAUAUUUUAAGGUCGAUUAUCUUACUAUCAGAAAAAGCUGCAAAUAUUGCUCGUACAAUACGAAAAGAGGAUCAUCUACUCUCACUACUCACACGUGAGAAAAAGGAUGAUGAGAAAAAUCAGCGGUUUUUUCAAGAUUUUAAAACCCUUGCCGACGUUCUUGUGCAAGAAGUGGUAAAACAUGAAUUGGGGACUGAGUUUCCUGAACUGGUGGGACAUAUCUAUGGCGAAGAAAGCAAUGAGUUUUCAUGUUUGGAUGGAGAAACUAUAGAACUAAAAGUUUGCAUCAGUGAAGAAAAAACUGCCCAACAGUUGCUAAGGAUUGUUGGAGAUGAAAAAGUAGCCAAUUUACUCGCAUGUCUAGUCCAUUCCAAACCUGAGUUCCCAGAUGACUUAGAAAUCCCAACCGAUGUCACUUGUCUUCCCUUGGAAGAAAUAGGGAUUUGGAUUGAUCCCAUUGACUCCACGGCAGAGUACAUUAAUGCGAAUGAAGAAAUCAGCUCAGUGAAUGGAAUUUGUUUGUCUGGACUACCUUGCGUCACAGUGUUAAUUGGAGCGUUCCUCCGCGGAAAAUCCUCUGGAAACCCUGUGCUAGGCGUUCUUAAUCAACCGUUCCACAAAUAUGCUGAUGGAAGAUGGAAGGGCAGGGUGAUGUGGGGUAUUGCUUAUAGAGAAACAAUUCUAUCUUCUGUUACACCUCUAUCAGGCGGAGAAAAGUUGGUGGUCCUCAGCAGAUUUGAGAAGGAAGAGGUCAAGUCUCGUCUGAAGAAGGCUGGUUACACUCUGUUGGAGGCUGCUGGAGCAGGAUACAAGUUGAUGUUAGUUGCAACAGGCGCAGUGUGUGCCUAUGUGCUCAGCAAACCCUGCACGUUCUACUGGGACACGUGUAGCGUAGACACUAUUCUGCGUGCUCACACAGGAGGUUUGGUCAACUACCAUCUGGCCGUCACGGAGAAGAAAAUCUGUCCGUUGUUGUACUGUGAAGGGGUCGGAGUGGACCAGUGUGCCAACAAAGGGGGGUUUAUUGCGUACAACAAUUCAGAUGUCUUGCACGACAUCAUCGGGGUGCUUGCAGACUAGUGCUGCUGCCGAGACAAUUUUGAACAGUUAUAGUAACUUCAGUUUGAGUUACAUCGCCCCAGGGACGUAACUAUAGCUUUUUUCCAGUAAGUAGACUGAUUUUUUAGUUUCACUCGAGUCUUUUUGUUUUAGUAUUUUGUAAAAUGUUGUGAUACGUUAUGACAAUGAAAAGUUACUGUUUUGUUACGGUUAUUCUCAGCUUAAAUACAGUAAAACCUCACAAACUCAACAAUUAGUGGACCCAGAGGUUGUCGAGUUAUUCAGAAUAUUGAAAUAUUUAAUGGGUUAAUUAGUCAAUACAUAACAGACUAAUAUCUACAUAUAGGCCUACAUUUAUUACUCAAGAGUAUUUUUAAAUUGAGUAAACAAUCUUUAAAGAUAUUUGUAAUAUUCAGCAAUUAGAACUAAAUGUUCUGAAAAAAUUGCUUGAAAAUCUAACACAAUAGUAAAGCAUUUAGACUUGCACUCUGUCAAAUGUUGACUUUCGAGUUAGUGAGGUUUACUGUAUAGGCUAGUUUAUCUUUUUAAAUAAUAAUACAUUAUUAAGUGGAGGAUAUAUGCUUUUCAGUACUAUACGUUUAGUGUUUUAGUACAUUAUCCCACCGUGAUUCUUUAUUUGUUGAACUAUUUAUUGGGGUAUAAAUAUAUCAGGAUGGCAUUUAAACAUGUUUUCAAACUAAGGAACACUUUGUCCCUUGAACAAUGGUUUUAAGACAUGUCGAAUGAUAAGUAUUAAAUUAAGUUGACUUAGGUUUAUGUAGAUUUUAAGACCUGAAACGCAAGAACGUAAUUUCAUCUUUGAACAAAUUGUUAAAUUGUUUCUCGAGGUCUGCAAGACUGUGUGGUUUCGGUUAUCAUGGUUGAGGUGAUUCCUACAAUAGACUGGUGUAUUGGGCUUCGGUACAGCUUCUUUGGCAUGCUUGAGUAUUUCAAAGGACACAACCUCUGGUUAGCGCAUGUACUGGUGAUUCAUUGGUACCUGGUCUGUGACUAUAUAUCCACCAACAUACAAGACAUGUUAGCCAUCACCAGCACCUCCGUGGAGCCAUCAUUUGGCCUUCGCAAAGUGCUCCAAGAUUGUGAACGAGCUGUACACAAUCUUGGAGCACUUUUCGGUGGCCAACUGUUGGCUCCACGGAGGUGCUGGUGAUGGCUAACAUGUCUUGUAUGUUGGUGGAUAUAUAGUCACAGGCCAGGUACCAAUGAAUCACCAGUACAUGCGCUAACCAGAAGUUGUGUCCUUUGAAUUACUCAAGCAUGCCAAGGAAGCUGUGCCGAAGCCUGAUACACCAGUCAAUCAGUUGGCUCCACGGAGGUGCUGGUGAUGGCUAACAUGUCUUGUAUGUUGGUGGAUAUAUAGUCACAGGCCAGGUACCAAUGAAUCACCAGUACAUGCGCUAACCAGAAGUUGUGUCCUUUGAAUUACUCAAGCAUGCCAAGGAAGCUGUGCCGAAGCCUGAUACACCAGUCAAUCAGUUGGCCAUCACAAAGUGUCACCUUGUGAUGGCCAACUGUUGGCUCCACGGAGGUGCUGGUGAUGGCUAACAUGUCUUUUAUGUUGGUGGAGAUGUAAUCACAGGCCAGAUCACUUGCACCCUCAGCAGGUAUGGUGGUCUAUCCAUCGCAGGAAGGGCAGACGAUCGUACAAUCUCAAAAUUUCUCCUCACUCCUCUUCUCUAUGUAUCCUUGACAGAACCCGUGGAGCCACCAAAGUAGAUGUGGGUUCUCCCAAAAAAUCCAUAAAAAAUAAUAAUUAAUUUAACUUUUACAACCAUGGUUAGGAGAAACUGUUUCUUGUAUUUUAACCAUUACCAUGCAUUCCACUACUAAGGGACUUUGAUUGUAUUUAUUUUGGUACCAGUUUUAGGCUUAGUUUUGUGAUAUGUGUAUAGUAUUACCAUUCAAAGAGUACAGUUAAUUUGAUGUCACUUUAUUAGUUGAAUGCCUCCACAUCUGCAAUAUAUCCUUGAAUAUUGUUUGUUACCAGGGAUUUUAUGUUUUAGCUUUAAUAGUUUUACUAAUUUGAUACUUUUAUUUAUAUUUCUAGCGAAAUUGUAACUUCAAUUGAGUGUUUGUUUUGGUAUGAAAUGUAUGAAUAUAUGAUUUGGUACUAAAACUAAGCGAACUUGUAAAUCUUGGAAAGUAAGAUCUGUCUAAAUUAAAAUUUAGUGACUAGGUUAGCUUUGAAAUUGUAUUUCAUGUUUAUUUCUUCAAUCUCAUUGGUUCUAGUCUGUGAAAGUUAUAUUCCUAGAUUCUUAUUAUCUUUAAACUUAAUGAAACCACAGAACAACUUUUUAAAAUGUGAUUUGUAUCUUAAAAUGUAAAAUUUUGAGUGAUUUUAAGAGGACCAACAAAAUGUAAGACAAAGUAUUGGAGUAGGACAUCAAGAAUACUACUUUUGAAACUAAUGUUGAUGUAUUUGUAAAUGCGUAGUAGAAUAUUAUAUCCUUAAAAUAAGUUAAUUGAAUUGUAUGUAUACUGAUGUUUACUAGUGUUACCACAGUAAAGUUUAAGCUAUGUUGGUACUGCAGGUAUUAAAAGUUUAAUUUAAUCGUU